AUGGGCAUGAACGGACCCAGAAUCAAAAACCCUUUGGAAGACCUACAGUGGGAAACAAGGCUCAAAGGCUUAGAGUCCGCCGACUAUGUGUUACACGUAGCAUUCAGCACCGUGGCGUUUUCGCCCAUGAAAUACGGCGUUGCACCGAAGUUCACUUGUGUACUCAGCAUGCGUGCAUCUAUGAGCGGAAGGAUCCUAGACAUCAAAGACCCCUCAGAGAUACCCUAUUGCAUCUGGCAUUCAGAGCAUCCAUUCCAGACGAUCCUGCGCGAAUUAAAAAAAGCAUUAUCCCAAAAUGAUGUAUCACGCGGCUCGCGCCUACCUUCUAAGGUCCAUAUCGCUGCCGAAGCUCGCGAAGCUAGCUUAGCGAGGAGUAACAUAGGCAGCGAGGCAAUAUACGAGUAUGGAAUGUCAAAUUAUUUGAAUUUUGAGAUCAUUAAUGAUGAUAAUCGAUCUGUCAAUAUUGACAUUCCUCCCAUAGAGAAUGACUUAGAUACCCCAGGCUUGAUUGACUUUCUCAAGUUGUCAAAUCGCAUGUUUAUGCCGAGGCUAAGGAGCAUCAAGUCGCUCAGCGCAGCCAGUGUAGAGGAAUUAAGAUUCAAUAUUAAAUACUUGGAGGACACCCACACUGCCAAAGUGCUGUAUUCCCUGCGCUCGACUACCAAUAGAGCUCUGUUUAAAGACGAGCCCUUCAAGUUAACAACUGCAGAGCAGUUCUGA